CGGCAGGUCACGAUUGUGCGAGUGACGGGGAAGUCUGGCUACGAGUGAAUCAGAGCAGAGGGUGUUCAACAAUCACUGUUACACAACAACCUGAUGUGUUCAGCGUAUAGCAUCAGUAAUAUACACUCACUCCAGCCUCGCCAUGUUCAACACAAUCUUCGCCACAGUUCUGUUGACUUUGUGUGGGGCCCAGCAAAGGAGGAAAAAUGUCUUAUUUUUCGUAGCGGACGACCUACGGCCUAAUUUGGGAGCCUAUUCCGGACACCACGCCCCGUCUCCGAGCGAUCCUGCCAUGUAUACACCGAAUAUUGACCACCUGGCUCAGAGCAGUCUAGUUCUACAGAGGAGUUACGUAGCGCAAGCUAUUUGCAGCCCAAGUCGAACCUCAGUGCUAACCGGCAGGCGACCUGAUACGACCCGCGUGUGGGAUCUUAAACACUACUGGCGCUUGGUAGGGGGUAAUUUCACUACAAUUCCCCAAUACUUCAAAGAAAAUGGAUACCGGACAGUUGGGAUGGGUAAAAUAUUUCAUCCUGGGAAACAUGCCUCGGGGAACAAUGAUCCAAUUUCUUGGACCGAUCCGUAUUUUCUCGGCGAGGAUGACUACAGCAAGAACCGCUUGUUGUGGCAGGCUGUGACGGAAGCGGAAGAACGCCAGACGCCAUUGCUCGACACUCAAAUUGCCGAUUUUGCACUUAAAACGUUGAACGAAGUUGCACCCAAAGCUAAGAGCGGUGAACAGCCUUUCUUUGUCGCAGUUGGCUUCCAUAAACCUCAUACACCAUGGAAUUACCCGGAAAGAUUUGAGAAGUAUUAUCCACUAGAUUCAUUAGAACUGCCUGAUAAUUAUUUUUCUCCCGUUGGUAUGCCAGCAUUUGCCUGGCAUAAUUUCUCCAGACUGAAUACUUACAAAAACGUGGAACCAUACCAUCUCCACGAUGUUGGCGCUAUUAAUUACACCUUCCCAAAGAACCUAACUCUGCUCAUGCGCAGAGCGUAUUACAGUUCCGUGAGUUUCACAGACUACAAUGUCGGGCGCGUUCUGCAGGAACUAGAUGACCUUGGACUCGCCAAUGACACAAUUGUGUCGUUCUGGGGAGACCAUGGGUAUCAGUUGGGCGAACACUGUGAAUGGCAGAAGGAGACUGUAUUCGAACUCGCAACCCGUGCACCCAUGAUGGUCAAAGUGCCGGGCGUCACGGACAGCGGCAUGGUGACGUCACAGCUUGUAGAGUUCGUUGACCUUUUCCCAACUCUCGUCGACUUAGCAGGACUGCCGGAGAUGAAACUGUGUCCUGAGAAUUCCAGUCAGAUUUUACUGUGCACGGAAGGGAAGAGUUUUGUUCCUUUGUUUACGAAUCCGAAUAUUACAGGAUGGAAGAACGCAACGUUUUCGCAGUUCCCUCACGGCAGGAAUGGCAGGAACGGACUGGAUGUGAUGGGGUACAGCAUCAGGACCGACAGAUACCGUUACACGGAGUGGGCUACGUUUAAGCCUCAUCUAAAACCCGAGUGGAACAAGUUGCACGGCAUCGAGUUGUACGACCAUGGAAUUGACCCGGAAGAGAACCGAAACUGGGCCCAGGAACCGAGUUAUGCAAAUUUGAGGUCCCAGCUUAGUAAACAACUGAGAGCAGGAUGGAGGUACGUUAAUGUUUAACGUGUGUGGAAAGUUCGGUGGAUUGGAUGUCCAUAAUGACUGUUUUGAAAAGACCAACUCUUUACAGAGACCUACCUUGUCUCUUUAGUGUAUUGGGUGGCUUGUUCCUCUGACUUGUAAAACCAUGUCCUACGUCUACCUCAACAUGCAUGCACUCUUUCAUUCAGUGGACACUUGUGAUAAAGACGAGCGUGAUCCCAGAGCAUCAAGACUGUUGGAAGAGUCAGUAGGAUCAGGGGGCUACAAUGGGUGAUCUGGCUGAGCGUGUGUCAUUGUAUCAAGAUGGCGUGGAUGGUCAUGCUUUCAACCUCUGGUUUGUUUGAUCCAGAUUCGAUUAUUUUGUCCCUUAUUACAUGUGCCUUAUUACAUGCCCCUUAUGAUUUAAAAUAGUACUGACUGCGCCGUAAAACGACAUUGACGAACGUUUAUCCUUCAAUCCCUGAUUUGCCUGGCCCAGAUUUGCUUACUCACAGGCCACUGACUGCGCGGAAAAACAAUACUAACUCAAUCCCCACGCAUAUACAAUGAGGUGGUUUUUCUUUGAGAUUGGGGGCGGUCGGGUAGCCUGGUGGUUAAGGUGUUCGCUCGUCACGCCGAAGACAAAGCCCAUGUCUGGAGUCCCUCGCCGUGAUAUUGCUGGAAUAUUGCUAAAAGCGGCGUAAAACCGUUCUCACUUACUCACUCUUUGAGAUUGAAUAUUUUUCUAGGGCCAUGUUUCUUAAACGUGAGGAGAGAGGUAAGACUUCUUUGUUGUUAACAAAAAGUGAUUAAGACGGUACACGUUAUUCCAGCUAUAUGACGCCGGUCUGUAAAUAAUAGUCUGGGCCAGAAAAUCCAGUGAUUAAUAUCCUGCGUAUCGAUUCACGCAAUAUGGACGGAUGACAGGCAUCAGCCAAGUCAGCACAGUCGCCUCUUACGGCAAGCAUAGUCGCCUCUUACGGCAAGUAUGGGUUGCUGAAUCCCUAUCCUAACUCACGGGUUUUCUCAUCCAAUAUUAUCCAGUGUUGUGUAUCUACAUUAGAUAACAUUCGCCACCACAGCCUCGUUUUCGGAAGUCAUGUCACCAUCUCUGUCUCUCUUAUCUCUAAAUUAACACAGCAUUUCCUUCUUUGAUGAGCUUGAAAUCAUCAGCCAAUAACAAUCCCCCCAAUUGAACACGAGUUCCGUAAGAUUUAUAUCCUACGAGCAAUACCUCGAUAUAUUUAAUCGAGACUGUUAUAGAACAUUUAAACGGAAAAGAUGUUUCCUGGGCGCUAAGAUAUCAAGGGGAAGGACGUUCUUGCGCUAUCAGGCAUCGCCAAUUUGGGACGGCAGGCGAGUCGCGUACCCGUGAUAUCUCUUCUUUUUUCAAUCAUGAACGACCAUUUUGAUUGACGGCCAUUUUUACAGUCUUGCCGUAAGAAGGUAAAUCGAAGCUACGGUUACGAAAGGGUCCAUUUUAUUUAUCAUGAGAAAUAAUAUACUAGACAACCGAGGAUUCGAUUUUUCAGACAUUUCUAACAUCUUCCAUAGCUUUUUGUCCUUUCUUUUCGUGUAUACAUGCAUAUUGUGAGAUGUAUCGUUUAUUAUUGUACGUAACAUUCCAUUGUUUGUUUUUGCGACCGGUUUUUAGAUUCGAACGGGUGUAUUUUCUAUCGUUUAUUUCACAUCUUUUUAACUUAAUGAAGAAGCAUAAAAUUUCAUAUCAGAUGUAAUUUUCUGUGUUGUUAU